AUGUUCCAGCGUUGGUUCCAAAAUCGAUACGAUGAGGCCGUCAAGGUGACCACACCCCUCAGCCCUUGGGUUGUCAAGCAAUUGAGCAAAUGGUUCAAUGAUGCACAUCACUUUGUAGUUAAACCUAUCAACCGAGUGGAGUUCGAACUUAAAGACGGGAAGAAGGACAGACUUGUAAACCUGUCGAAGAAGACGUGUUCAUGUUGUGAGUUCCAAACAGAUUUACUCCCAUGCAACCAUGCCAUUGCAGCAAUAAGUAAAUGCAAACAUGAAGCCGUUGAAUUCUACGCUGACAACUACAAGACAACCGUUUUGGUUGAGGAUUAUGCAGGGUCCAUUCGGCUGGUAGGCCAUCCUAGUGAGUGGGACAUCUCCCUUCAUGUGAAACAAAUUGUGGUGUUGCCACUAGCUUGGCAAUGCCAAACGAGAAAACCUAGGAGGAAAAGGAUUCCAUUGGUUGGUGAAAGCAGUCGACCACGAAGAUGUUCACAAUGUAAUAGGUACAGGCAUAAUAGAUAG